CCCGCCCUCUGGGUGUUCCUGGCUGAGGCGGGGCGGCGGGAGCUAUGGCGGCUGUGACAGAUGUGCAGCGGCUACAGGCCCGUGUGGAGGAGCUGGAGCGCUGGGUGUACGGGCCAGGCGGGUCUCGCGGCUCGCGGAAGGUGGCCGAUGGCCUGGUCAAGGUGCAAGUGGCUUUGGGGAACAUCGCCAGCAAGAGGGAGAGGGUGAAGAUUCUGUACAAAAAGAUUGAAGACCUGAUCAAAUACCUGGAUCCUGAGUACAUUGACCGCAUUGCCAUACCUGAUGCCUCUAAGCUACAGUUCAUCUUAGCAGAGGAGCAGUUUAUCCUCUCCCAGGUUGCGCUUCUGGAGCAGGUGGAGGCUUUGGUGCCCAUGCUGGACAGCACUCAUAUCAAAGCCGUUCCUGAGCAUGCCGCCCGCCUGCAGCGCUUGGCCCAGAUCCACAUCCAGCAGCAGGACCAGUGUGUGGAGAUCACUGAGGAGUCCAAGGCCCUCCUGGAGGAAUACAACAAGACUGUAUCCUUUCUGCUCAGCCAGGCCCCUGAGGAGUGCUGUCCGGAGCCCUGUCCUUUUAUUCCAUAUCUAGCUCUGUCUCUUAUCCCAUCCCAACCAGCCUGCCUAUCCCCCUGCUCCCCGACACUUCAGGCAGAUGCAAACCUCUCCACUCCCUCUCUCAGAUGCCCAUUCUCACCUUGACCUGCGACCAGACAAUGCUUCUCUCCAAGCAGUUCGUGCAGUGGGAUGAGCUACUUUGCCAGUUAGAGGCUGCCAAGCAAGUGAAGCCAGCAGAGGAGUGAUGGCUACUUCCCAUCCUCGGGUGCGCCAGGGAAGCCAGGCUCCAGGCCCUGUGCCAACCUGCCCUUGUAACAGGGCAGAGCAGAGGCAGCUCUGUAUUUAUUGGAUUUACAGCCUACCUGUCUGCACUCAGGUGGGGCUCUGGGGUCAGAGGUCUGGCUACUUGAGAUUUGCUAUUUGCACCCCCUCCCCUCAUCGCUGUCCUGUUCCAAAGACAAUAAACUGUACAGAUCACUG